CUGAUAAACAAGAUGAGUUUAGAUAUUUCGAAGUUGUUCGACCAUAUGUGUUUUCCUGUUAUUAAACAUACGUGUAGAAUAGCAUUUGACACGCGAUAAAGAUUCUUAUAUACAUACGUCUUUAUGUAUAUCUUUAUGCAAAUUGCGUAGACGGGCGGAGAAUCCGUUCUGCGACCUCAUACGUUAACUUCGAGUGCUACACGACGCAUGUCGCGUCACUUCUCAAAAUGUUAUCGAAAACUUUGUUAUUUUUCAUCAUAGUCAACUUUGUAUCAGAUUAUUCAUAUGGUCAAAGAGACAAAAAGUUCUUUCGCAAAGAUUACAAGUAUUUAGAAGCAGUUGAAGGCUUCUAUAAGAUCCACACGUUACAUAAAACUUGGUCCGAAGCGAAGCGAGUGUGUGCAUUAGAAGGAGCCAGUUUAUUCUAUCCAGAAAACGAUGAUGAGGCCCACGCCGUGCUUUCGUUUUGGAACGCUACCCAACCGUACCGUUGGGUGUACGUGGGGAUUUCGGAUUUAAUUGUAAAAGGAGUUUUUGAGACUAUUGACGAGUACGUAUACAAUGAACUGUUCGGUAGAUGCUACAAGUUCCACCUGAAUCCGUUAAACUGGACUGAUGCUUACGCUGUGUGCAACGCUGAGCAGUCGUAUCUAGCUGUUAUCAACACGCAGGAAGAGGCUGAUUAUCUCGUGGCCCUGACAGAAUCCAAGCCUAAGGAUAGGGUACCAGGGAAUUUCAUGAGAGGAGCUGUCCACUUGGGCUUCCAUAACAGAGCCAAUGAGGGUUGGCAAGCUGUUAGAGGUACAGCAUUAGAUGACACUGGGUACACCUGCUGGGGUACAAAUCAGCCUGAUGGUGGCGAACUGGAGCAGUGUGGUUCCAUGUUCUACAAUGGACUACUAAAUGACAUAAGUUGUGAUACAAGAUCCUUUUUUAUCUGUGAACAUGAGGUGGAUACCCUAAGCUCUUCAUUGGAUGAUCGUUUCGGAGAGACUGUGGUUUGAUCCCACCUAGAUUUUAAACUUAAAUCAUUUUGACUGGUUCUAAUCACAGUACUCUUAGUUUUAGAUUUCAGUCUCAAGUCAAGUCAGUUUUUCCGUUUGAUGCAAUUAUUAUUUACUUGAAUUAGUACUAAAAGUUUAUGUUAUCUACAGUGAGUAGCAGGUCCACCUGUCAAAUUUCUGUAUUCGAUUUAGAACUCUAUAGUUUAGAUAAAAAGUUGAAAAAUUGAAAAUUUGUAGUAUGUUUAAUGUAUAAUAAAUAUCGUGAGACAUACUUAAUUAACUAAAAAUCGCGGGUUACCUACUUACGUGAAUAUACUGAGAAAAGCUCUACUAGUUUCGAACCACAGAGGGGUUCUUCCUCAUGAGCAGCGUGCGCGGUCGUGGCGAUGUUGCGCAGCCUACUGGCUAGCGUUGUCGCUCGCAUCGAAGAAACUAGUAGAGCUUUUCUUAUCGAGUAACCCGCGAUUUUUAGUUAAUUUGAAGUAUGUUGAUGUGCCGACUGUACUAAGUAAGCUAACUACGACUAUGUGUUGUUUAUUUUAGUGAGUUUUUUUAUUUGUAGUAAUUUACAAGUAGAUAUGUAUGACUAAAUAUGUUUCUAAAGUCUAGUUGCCACUGCCAAAGCGUUACUUAUUGGUCUUACUGCAGUCAUAAGAUUAUCAGGCAUUUAUGUCUCACCAACGCCAUCUAGCGAGGACUUUCAUGAAAAUACUCAUUGAAUAUAAAAUUUUAUACCUAAGUAAAUGGA